AUGCUAGCAGGUGGUUGUAGUGACGGUUAUUGCAUAGUUUGGGAUUUUCAAUCAAUGAGUAUUGUCCGCAAAGUGAAAUGUCAUGAGGGUCACAUAACUAGCGUAAGUUGGUCACGUAAUGGUUAUUGUGUACUUUCAUGCGGUGAUGAUGACAAGUGCGUUUAUUGGGAUCUUAAGAAAGGCACACGAAAAGUGAUUGAAUUUAAUUGCCCAGUUCUCACGGCACAAAUGCACCCCAAAAAUAAUUCUAUGUUUGUCGCCUCCUUAUACCAAGAAUCACCGGUAAUCGUGGAAUUAGGCGAUGUAAUUCGACAUUUUUCCUUACCAACCAAUUCUGAUAUAUCAUCAGAAACGAAUGGAGGAGGAGAUAAAUUAAAUUCUUCGAAUAAAACAGUUAUUUGUCGAUAUGACAAGAAAGGUAAGCGAAUACUUACGGGUACUAGCCAGGGCUAUUUAAAUAUAAUCGGUUUGGAUUCUCUAGAGGCAAAUGACGAAAAGUUACGUAAUUCGGAAUUAUUAUUUGCGGAAACUGUCAAUAAGAAUAAUUGGAAUCAAUGUUGUUUCAGUCAAGUUGGUGAAUAUAUAAUUGGAGGAUCUGCAAAAUUGGCAUCACACGAAAUAUACAUAUGGGAUAUAAGAACCACUAGAUUAGUUCAAACUCUGCAAGGUCCAUACGAAACCCUUAUUGAUCUUGCCCAACAUCCAGUUCAACCAGUUAUUGUAUCAUUGGAUGAACAAGGAGCAGUACAUACAUGGACAACUCGUCAUAAAGAAGAUUGGCUUAAUUGGGAUCCAGGUUUUACAGAAAUUCAUGACAAUAUAGUAUAUGAAGAGAAAGAAGAUGAAUUUGAUGUUUUGAGUGAUGAAGAGAACAACAAUUCACAAAAUAAUUCAAUUCAAACUGAUAACUGUGAUAACGAAGAGAUUGAUGUGAUAACAGUUGAUAAACCAGAAAAUUCGGAUUCACCUGAUGAAGAUGAAGAAUUUCUUGACUUAUACCAUUCUGAGAUAAAAGAAGAAGUAGAUGUUUAUACAGUAGAAAAUAUCAGAAAUGAUGGUCCAGUAUAUAAAAGUAAUACAUAUAAAAAGUAA